UUCAUUGUGUUAGCCAGGAUGGUCUUGAUCUCCCGACCUCGUGAUCCGCCCGUCUCGGCCUCCCAAAGUGCUGGGAUUACAAGCUUGAGCCACCGCGCCUGGCCAUGAUUAUUCUUAACUAGAAAACAACUGUAUUGUAUAAAAAAGAGGGGAGGUUGAAUUUGGCAGUUCUUAGUACAACAGUUUUAGGGGCCUAUCAUAACCUCUGUACAGAAAUAGAAAAGAAGGAUGAGCCAAGUGUUCAUUCAAGUACUCAGCUAGUGAAAUACUUGUGUUUUAUGGAGGAAAUUCUAUACUAUGGAUAUAUUUGGGAUUUGGGAUUUGGGAAACUGCUGGGUCACAUACUUUGGCAAUGUCAAGGAUCCAUGAAAUUCAAAUGUCUGCCCCUACCUCCCCACCUCCAAAAUUGUGAGCUAGGUUGGGUCUUCUUAAUUCGGGACCCAAGAGCCUAGCACAGUACCUGGGAGAGAGUCAGCUCUCAACAGAAGUUUGUUAAAUGAAUGGAUAAAUGAGUGAACACAUAGAUGACUGGCUGGCUGGUUGAAUGGAUGGAUGGAUGGAUGAAUGAAAAAGGCUGGCAUAGCUCUGAAUGUGGAGUCAGAAGACCAGCCAAGGGGAGUCCUCAAGGCUGGGGCCUGUGCUUUUUUGGGGCAUUUUUGUUCUCUGGGAUUCACACAAAGAAAGGACUCACUAAAUGUUUGCUAAAGGAAUGAUAUCCUCAAUUAUCUGAACCUUGGUUUCCCCAUUGUUAAUAUGGAUUAUCACCAUUCCCCUCCAGACAGACUAAGUGGAUUAAAUGAGCUUCUUGUGUGAGGAACUCUUUUAUACUGUAAAGUGCUGCACCAGUGUCAGCCAUCGUGAACGGUGCCAAUGACCAUUAUUUCAAGGUCAAGAGUCAGGGUAGUGGGAUGGUAAAGGGACAAAGAAGUCAGUGUGUGCAUAGGAAGGUGAGCAGGGCAGUCUGACUGGCACAGAGGAACAGGAGAGCUGCCUGGGAGGGCACAGCAGGGGGCUGGCAGACAGAGGCUGGGCCUGGAUUCCCAAUGUGCUCCUCUCCUAUGGCCCUGGCCAGCCAUGAAACCCGUCUCCAGGAACCCUGGGAAGCCAGGCAGGAGGAGCCUCUUCCUAACCACAUAAAAGCAGCUCAGCCAGGGUACCUGAAGCAGCCCAUCUGAUGCUGGCAUGGUUGUGAGAUUUCUCACAGAUGACACUGUCAAUUAAAGGUCUCCCCUCUAUACCCCUACAAACCCAGUCCCACCACUCCCUGGGGAACAGCAAUUGAGACUGCGACAAACCUCCCACCUUUCUGUGGAUAAUGUGCCCAUGCUAAUUACCCAUGUUCAUUAGUUAAACUCAAAUUACAUGAGCAAGACUUGCAAGACUAGCACUUUGGGAGUUUUCAAGUUAUUUACCUGGUGUCUGAUUUUGCUGGGAGAAAAGGAUUUCUUGCUCCCAGGCAAACUGAACCCACAAAUUAGGCCAGUGGCUCCCUCCUGAGUCCUAUAAAGUGGGAACCCAGGAUCACAGGUUGGUGAACUGCCUCUCAGCUAAGAGUUGGCAUCUUAUCCCCACUUUCUGGCCUCCUACCAUGAGCCGCCAAUUCACCUACAAGUCGGGAGCUGCUGCCAAGGGGGGCUUCAGUGGCUGCUCAGCUGUGCUCUCAGGGGGCAGCUCAUCCUCCUACCAAGCAGGGGGCAAAGGGCUCAGUGGGGGCUUCAGCAGUCGGAGCCUUUACAGCCUGGGGGGUCCCCGGAGCAUCUCUUUCAAUGUGGCCAGUGGCAGUGGGCGGGCAGGAGGCUAUGGAUUUGGCUGGGGCCGGGCCAGUGGCUUUGCUGGCAGCAUGUUUGGCAGUGUGGCCUUGGGGUCCGUGGGUCCGUCCGUGUGCCCGCCUGGGGGUAUCCAUCAGGUCACCAUCAACAAGAGCCUCCUGGCACCCCUCAACGUGGAGCUGGACCCUGAAAUCCAGAAAGUGCGUGCCCAGGAGCGGGAGCAGAUCAAGGUGCUGAACAACAAGUUCGCCUCCUUCAUCGACAAGGUGCGGUUCCUGGAGCAGCAGAACCAGGUGUUGGAGACCAAGUGGGAGCUGCUGCAGCAGCUGGACCUGAACAACUGCAAGAACAACCUGGAGCCCAUCCUCGAGGGCUACAUCAGCAACCUGCGGAAGCAGCUGGAAACGCUGUGCGGGGACAGGGUGAGGCUGGACUCAGAGCUGAGGAGCGUGCGCGAAGUGGUAGAGGACUACAAGAAGAGGUAUGAAGAAGAAAUAAACAAGCGCACAACUGCUGAGAAUGAAUUUGUGGUGCUUAAGAAGGACGUGGAUGCGGCUUACAUGAGCAAAGUGGAGCUGCAGGCCAAGGUGGAUGCCCUGGACGGAGAAAUCAAGUUCUUCAAGUGCCUGUACGAGGGGGAGAUCGCUCAGAUCCAGUCCCACAUCAGCGACACAUCCAUCAUCCUGUCCAUGGACAACAACCGGAACCUGGACCUGGAGAGCAUCAUUGCUGAGGUCCGUGCCCAGUACGAAGAGAUCGCCCGGAAGAGCAAGGCCGAGGCCGAGGCCCUGUACCAGACCAAGUUCCAGGAGCUGCAGCUAGCAGCAGGCCAGCAUGGGGAUGACCUGAAACACACCAAAAAUGAGAUCUCAGAGCUGACUCGUCUCAUCCAAAGGCUGCGCUCAGAGAUUGAGAGUGUGAAGAAGCAGUGUGCCAACCUGGAGACGGCCAUCGCUGACACCGAGCAGCGGGGGGACUGCGCCCUCAAGGACGCCAGGGCCAAGCUGGAUGAGCUGGAGGGCGCCCUGCAGCAAGCCAAGGAGGAGCUGGCACGGAUGCUGCGCGAGUACCAAGAGCUUUUGAGCGUGAAGCUGUCCCUGGAUAUCGAGAUCGCCACCUAUCGCAAGCUGCUGGAGGGCGAGGAGUGCAGGAUGUCUGGAGAAUACACCAACUCCGUGAGCAUUUCGGUCAUCAACAGCUCCAUGGCUGGGACGGCAGGCGCUGGGGCUGGCUUUGGAUUCAGCAAUGCUGGCACCUAUGGCUACUGGCCCAGCUCUGUCAGCGGGGGCUACAGCAUGCUGCCUGGGGGCUGUGUCACUGGCAGUGGGAACUGCAGCCCCCGUGGGGAAGCCAGGACCAGGCUGGGGAGUGCAAGUGAAUUCAAGGACUCCCAGGGAAAGACCUUAGCUCUAAGCUCACCCACCAAGAAAACCAUGAGAUAAAAGUGAAAGGCAGCCCAUUUCUCAGUAGUCUGCCUUGCCCUGGCAGACUGCUCCGGACUCCUCUAGGAAAUUCCUCUGUCUCAUUUGUCCUCAUCUCCUUCUUGCUUUGCUUUACUGUGGACCUCUCCUCCUUCUCCUUGACCUCUCUGCCUCAGUCUUUGUUAAUGUUGAAUCAGGAUUCGAGAGCUGGAGCCCAUCUUUCUGCCUCCAUCCAAAGAGGCAUUUUAACUCAGCCUCCCCUUCUGGAUGAAGACUUGGCCCUUUCUCUGCCUGCAUGUGCCUGUGCAGAGGAAGGCUGUCUCUCAAAGGUAACCCCAAUCUGCCUGUGCUGCUCUUUCAUACCCUGUCUCUGUAACUAUUUGGUCUGUGCUCCCUGGGUACACAAGGUUUCGAAUCUACUGCUAGACCUGCAGGAACUCUCUCGUGUGAGAGCAAUAGUGGCUCAGGCAAAACGCCUGGUGGGAGGUUGUAUCUUGCACAGCCAAUGCGUAUUACAUAGCCUGGAGUACCCCUUGAGGCUAAUUCUAUCAACCAAGGGAUCUGUGCUCUUCAUCUGUGGGUACUUCCUUGUUUAGGCCUCACCUCCCUGCUCCUGUGUCUUACCAAUAAACUUAUAAAGCC